AUGGCGGCUUCUGAGGAGGGGGGCACAGAGGCUCCGCCACCCCCUCCUUCCACUGAAGACGAGCCUCCCGGGUGGGUGACCGCCUCCUGUGGGGCUGCUCUCAGCGUGGCGGCAGGCAGGUCUGCUGGGACGGUGGAGGAGGAAGGUGGGGGUGCGGGCCCAGAGCUGCUGGCGGGGAGGGCGGAGCUGGUGCAGAGAUUGGCCGCUUUGGAAGCUGGCACGACAGCGACCGGCACCAUCCUUUACCUGCAGCAGGACGGCAGCCCGGUGGAGGGCACGGGGCUGAGUGCCGAGGAGCAGCGGCGACUGCUGGCGCAGCUGCUGACCACGGCUGAGUGCCCAGGGCUGUUCACAGCGGAGCAGGCACCCCCGCCGCUUUGGCACGCUGCCACGCCAUUGGCCCCUGCGGAACUACAGCAGGUCAUCCAGCAAGUGAGCAAGGCCCAGGAGCAGCAGAAGCCGGCGGCAGCCGCCCCUCUGGAAUCCUGCCCAGCCCCGCCGCUCGGCAACAUCAUGCACAAUGCCGCGCAGCAGCUGCAGAGCGUGGCCCAGCAGGUCGCCCUGCAGCAGGGCAAAGCUAUGGCGGCUGCCCGGCGCCUCCCGCAGAAGCAGCUGGAAGCCAUUUGUGUCCAAGUUCAGCCAGGACAGAUGAAGGAAACUGAAAGGCCAAUGCCGUCGUUGGCACCAAUCCAGCCCAAAACUGUAAUGCUGAGUCAGUCGAUUGGUAGAAAUUCUAGCAUACCAGGACUUGGCAUUAUUAAUCCCCAGAUAAUUAGGAUACAGCCUGUUACAGGAGCUGAGCAGCAGCAGCUAUUUCUCCAUAGUUCUUCUGAAUCUCCAAUUCAGGUGCUUAUGCAGAAACCUUUACCAUCUCUUGGAUCUAGGUCUGUGAACAAGAUUCCCACAUCUAAGAUGCUGAAUGGACAGAAAGCUACACAUGCCACAGUAUCAGCCACCAGGUCUCCAAAUAUUACCAUGGCUGCAGCCAGUUCAGCAAAUACUUUAAGGCCAUGCCUUGAAAAAAAACAAAAAGAUGACAAAUUGAAGAAAUCCUUGAAAGUGAAAACUCGUUCCGGACGGAUUUCGCGCCCCCCAAAAUACAAAGCUAAAGAUUAUAAAUUCAUUAAAAUGGAGGAUUUGGCUGAUGGUCAUCAGUCUGAUUCUGAUGACUACUCUGAGCUGAGUAUAGAAGAUGAUGAAGAAGGAAAGGUGAAAGGAAAAGAUGCAUUAUUCAGUUCUUCAAAUUAUAAUCUGAAACCCAAAAUGUUUAAAUGUCAGACUUGUGAAAAAUCCUAUAUAGGAAAAGGAGGAUUAGCAAGACAUUAUAAACUUAAUCCAGGCCAUGGACAGCUGGAGUCUUCACCUCAAAAAAUACCUCUAAGUAAACCUAAUGGAAGUUUAUUUGUGGACAGUAACUGUGGAAUAAAAGGUGAAAUGAUGAGUCCAGCACAUUUGAAUUCAAUUGCUGUCACUUUAAAUAAUGAAAAUGCACUAGCUACCGGCCUAGAAGAAACUGUUCAUUUGAAGGCUGGAGAACAGAUGUGUAAGUCUACAGAAAGCAGACACUUGUUGGCAGAACAACAAAAUGAAACUAGUUCAGGACAGCGGGGACCCAUAACACCAAAAGGACCUGGAAGACCCAGACGACCAAAGAGACGUGGUCGACCAAGGAUGGGUGGAAGAUCUAGGUGUUCUGGAAGGCUUAGCAGACCUGGUCAGUCCCCUUCAAAGUCACUUAGUAGUGUGUCAGCAGAACGCAAUGUAUUCAGAAGAAAAGCUAGAUUAAAAGAGCUAAUACAACAAUGUGAUAAUGAAGACUUAAUGGAACUGGCUCUCCCACGUCUUACAAAGCUUGUUACAGUAUAUGAAUUUCUGUUGAUGAAGGUUGAAAAAGGGUAUCCUUCCAAAGCUUACUUCCCAGAUGUGUAUAGGGAAUUUGAAGACUUGCAUAAUAUGGUAAAGAAAAUGGCUUUUGAUCAUCUCAGUAAUUCUCAUUUGCUGAGUUGCCAGCAGCCUGUUGAAAUUAAAGAUGCUAAGGUUGCGGAAUCUCUAGGAAUUACAGAAAUACUCACUGGAGAACGAAAUACCCAAGGUGUAGACUCUUGUUCACAAUGUAUAACUAAAAUGGUUAGUGAGCAAGUGCCUGUGGAGAUACUGGGACAAAAACGGUUAGCUGAGAGCUCAGGGGAGGAACUGUUGUCAUCAGCCAAAAGGACCAAGUUAGAAGACAUAAUGGAGAAUGUGAAUAAUGCUUAUGCCAGUCAAGAUGAAGUGAAAGAAAAGAGUGGGAAUUUGUGUUCACUGUUUGAAAAAGAUGGUUUUAAUCCAUUAAAUGGAGAAAUCCUUCUUUCAGAAUAUGGGCAUAUCACAAUGAAAACAAAGGAAGAUAAUUCAUUUGCUGAUUCAGGAGUUAGAAUUGAUGCUGAAAAUACAGGUGCUUUCUCCCAGAGUGUGAAAGUGAAGAUAGAAUAUUCCCAGCCUGUGAACAUACAGGGACCAGACACAGCAAGUGAUGCAGCUUUGCUACAGAGUGAGGUUGCAUUGCCUGUCAAAGCUGAUGGCUCACCUGCAUUAGUUCAAGCCCACUUUGUGAGUGAGAAUACAGCAGGUGGACUUUCAGCUCCCGAACUUUGCAACUCUGUGUUGGAGAAUGCCAUGGGCAGCCAGAGCACUAAUUUACAAGCAAGCAAAGAAAAUGACCACAAUCAAAAAUAUCAGAAACUGAAAGAGGAAAACAAUUUUGGAUUUAAAGAACAUUCAGAACUUCAUAAUGCUGAUGUUACUGAGAUGCAGGAACUUGAAAAAGUUUUUUCAGCAAACAUUGUGCCAAUAAACUACCCACACAGUGCUCAGACUGAGUCACACCAGAACCUUGUCCAGGAAGCCUCCAUGUCUGCUCACGUGAACCACGAAAACUCUUCUAAAAACACAAAUGAAUUUUCUUGCGGGGCAGGGGAGCAACAUGAGCUGGAGAAUAGAGUUACUGUAGAUGAAACUGUAGCCUUUGAGAUUACUGAUGAGAGCCAUGAUUUCUUGUCUCAGGGACAUGAACAGAUUUUUAUUCAGACUUUAGAUGGGCUUAUCCUGUCCCAUCCAGAUACUUCUGUUUUGUCUCAGGCAGAAGGCAUUGUUAUUGUAACUGAUUCCAAUGGUACUACAAUGCACAUUCGCACACCUGAGGGGAUACCUUUGGAAACCAUGGAAGCACUACUGGCAAUGGAAGCAGAUGGCCAAAGUGAAGAUAUUUUGCUUUCACAAAGUGAAUUGGAGCCAUAA